AUGGCCCCCAUGGGCAUCCGCCUUUCCCCACUGGGGGUGGCCGUGUUUUGCCUGCUGGGGCUCGGCGUGCUCUACCACCUCUACUCGGGCUUCUUGGCCGGCCGCUUCAGCCUCUUCGGCCUGGGCGGCGAGCCUGGCGGCGGCGCGACGGGGCCCGCGGCCGCGGCCGACGGGGGCACCGUGGACUUGCGCGAGAUGCUGGCUGUGUCAGUGCUGGCCGCAGUCCGCGGCGGCGACGAGGUGAGGCGCGUCCGCGAGAGCAACGUCCUCCACGAGAAGUCCAAGGGGAAGACGCGCGAGGGAGCCGAGGACAAGAUGACCAGCGGCGACGUGCUGUCCAACCGCAAGAUGUUCUACCUGCUCAAGACCGCCUUCCCCAGCGUCCAGAUUAAUACUGAGGAACACGUGGAUGCAGCUGAUCAGGAGGUUAUCUUGUGGGAUCAUAAGAUUCCUGAGGAUAUCCUAAAGGAAGUAACUACUCCUAAAGAGGUACCAGCAGAAAGUGUUACUGUCUGGAUUGACCCACUUGAUGCUACACAGGAAUAUACAGAGGAUCUUCGAAAGUACGUCACUACUAUGGUGUGUGUGGCUGUAAAUGGUAAACCCGUGCUAGGAGUUAUACAUAAGCCAUUUUCCGAAUAUACAGCUUGGGCAAUGGUAGAUGGUGGUUCAAAUGUGAAAGCCCGCUCUUCCUACAAUGAGAAGACCCCAAGGAUCGUUGUGUCUCGUUCCCAUUCAGGGAUGGUCAAACAGGUCGCUCUUCAGACUUUUGGAAACCAGACUACAAUUAUCCCAGCUGGUGGUGCUGGUUAUAAAGUUUUAGCACUUUUGGAUGUGCCUGAUAAGAGUCAAGAAAAAGCUGAUUUAUAUAUCCAUGUGACAUACAUCAAAAAGUGGGAUAUAUGUGCUGGUAAUGCCAUCUUAAAAGCCCUAGGGGGGCAUAUGACUACCCUGAAUGGUGAAGAAAUCAGUUACACUGGUUCAGACGGCAUUGAAGGGGGACUCCUUGCUAGCAUCAGAAUGAACCACCAGGCCCUGGUCAGAAAACUCCCAGAUCUAGAAAAGACAGGACAUAAAUGAGCAUAACUGAUUACAGGGUACAGUUCUUCACAGCUGAAAUGGUUAGCCUGAGAUGCUGGAUGCUUCAAAGGAUUGGUGGAGACUAUGCAUGGUUAAGGCCAUCCCGAACUUUUUAAAGUAUUUAUGAAGCAUCAGAGACUUAUUUUCCCUGUAAUAGAAUGCAAGAUCAGGGAAAAUGGGUUGCUUUGUGUUUCAAGUAUUGUCUUUAUUUUUGAGACUAUUUUCAUACAGUUGUCAUACACAAGGCGCAUAUAUAUAUUUGUGAAUUAAAAUCUGUAGCUGAGUCUACAUUGUUAUGAGUCACCAUUUUCACACAACAUCAUGAAUCUUCACUGUUCGUUAGUACUUUCAUAUAGAAUUCGGUUGAAGGAAAGAUUGAUUUUUGUGUAGAUGUUUAAUAUAACUUUACAACUAUAUCUCAUUGAAAAUAAAGUCAUUGGGGAUUUUUACCUCUAAUUUGGAUGGAAAGCACAAGAAGCCACACAUUCAUUAAUAUGCAACAAAUGUUGUAUUUAUGUUACUGAAUAUUUCUAUGGAUUAAAAUAGAAAAAGUUUAAUUGAUUUUUUCUUUUAAAUUUUAAUAACAGGUUCACCAGCUGGUAGAAAAUAGAGACACAUGAUGGUUUGCAUUGUAAUAAUUUCUGUGUGUGUGUGUGUGUGUUGUUUUGUUUUUAUAAAGAAAAGUGUGUUUGUACCCAUGAGUUCAGCAUUUCUGCCAUCUUGCUAUUUUCAUUUUCCCUGUGGAAGAUGCAUGGUUGCAUCCUUUUCCUUCUGACUUAGUCUUUAACUUUGUAAGGUUCGGUUUAAGGUUUCAGGGUUAGCACUAUAGUUUUGGUUCAUUUUCUCAUUAAGGAUAAAAUAUGCUGUAAGGCACUAUAAGAAUAUAAAUGAUUCUAUUACAAUUGAAAGUUACUUGACAUUACAUGAAUUGAACUGGCUUUCAUUACUUUCAGACACUUUGUUUUAGUAUUUUUUUUAAUUUGCUAGGUUUGUAUAUAGAAGAUCCUUUCAUUAUCAAGAAUGAGUAUGGUUGCUUUUGCCAUGGUUGCUUUUACUAUUAAUAAAUGUAUCUAGCCUACCCAAACUCUGUAGUAACUUUUGAGAUUCUCUUAAUUUCCCCUCAGAUUAAAAUAGAGAAGGUUGAAGGUACUUUUUGAUGACAUUUUUUUCUAAUCUGGUUAGAAAAAAAAAGUUGUGACAUAUUCACUGUGUUACCGUAACUAGAACCUUGCUUUGUGAACUGUCUUUCAUUGGGUUGUAUGGUUUCUCUCAAUGUGAAAUCUGGAAACUUCAUGUAAACUAUCCAUGCCGUUAUUUCAUGUGACUCCAGUGCCCUUGUAUUCCAUAACAUGCUGAUAAGGAGAGGGAUUUCUCACGGUUUCUUUCUUUGCUAAAUUUUUUAACCAUAAAGCAGCUUUCCCUUUAUUUUCCCAUCUUGGAAGUAAAAUUGACCAAAGAAUGUACGUUCUAGCCUGGUGGAAUGUGCAUACUUUAGGUUUGUAUGUUACAUUGUCCAAAGCCCUUUACUUUCUUAUUAGUAAACUGAAUCUAAUAUGACACAAAUGUUUUCACCCAAUCUCUUGCAACUGGUCAAAUUCGAGAAGGUGUUGGGCCUUAGUAGUAGGCCUUUUCAGUGAAAAUUCAUUCAAAGUUUUGGUAGGUGGAACACUUGAUAUUUAAAUAGGACUUGAAAAUUUUGAAAAGAGUAUCAGAGACCUCAACUUUUUUACUUUGCAAUAAGCUGAAGAAACUUUCUUUUUCAGGAGAGAUGGCAAAGGUGUAUGCUGUUGCCAGAGUCCUGUGGUAUAAGCAUCUGUUUUUAUUAUAGUAUGUCAAAGUUAGGGAAAUGGGACUGGCAAGUAAAAAAUGGAAUUUAAUUUCAAUGUUAUAUGGGAACUCUGAUUUAAUGGGAAGCAAACUAGUUCAUAUUAGCAGGAAUUAUUUUAUUUUUUUGAGACAGAGUUUCACUCUCGUUGGCCAGGCUGGAGUGCAAUGGCGUGAUCUCGGCUCACUGCAACCUCUGCUUCCCGGGUUCAAGCGAUUCUCCUGCCUCAGCCUCCCAAGUAGCUGGGAUUACAGGCAUACACCACCACACCCAGCUAAUUUUUUUGUAUUUUUGUUAGAGACGGGGUUUCUCCAUUUUGGUCAGGCUGGUCUCGAACUCCCGACCUCAGGUGAUCCGCCCACCUCAGCCUCCCAAAGUGAUGAUUUUAUUUUUAUUUUUAAUUUUAAUUGUAUUAAUCUGCAUCUAGAUAAUGACUUUGUGAAGGGUGUGUGUUGUGUGCAAAACUUAAGAUAUUGGUUGAGAGUUAAAUACAUUAUUUUUAUCAUAUGUUGGGUAUAGUCUAGUUACUAAUGAUUUUUAAAUACUUUUAUAAAAAGUUCAUUUUUAAAAUUGUUUGUUUUUAAAAGCCAAUAUACGUUGCAGAAUUAGGAACAGUAUUUAUAUUUAUUUACACAAGACAUUGUGCCAGAGCAUCCUAGUAAAACACCUUCAUGAAUGAGUGAUGUAAUCUCCCAGAAUUACAUUAAAAUUAUUUCUAAAAAGUAGCAAAGUCAUUACCUUUUGCUUUUAAUGACCCACACCUCACCAGCUCCUGGUCUUUUCUUCACUGUUGCCCUUAUUUUGAGGCAAUUUUUCUUAAAAUAUGACUUUUAUGCACCACAUUUAGUAGAGGCAGUGACAUCAGUGAUCUCAGUACCCAUCAGCUGUCCCCCUCCUCUGCCCCUCUUCAUCUCUUCUACCUUGUGACCAUUUCCCUUACCGGUUCAUGUUCUCCUUUAUCUCUGCUUUUCUUUCUUAGCCAGGAUACUUCCCUCACAACUCUCACUCCCAAAUUCUUUUAGAUAUACAUUUUUCUGGAUAUUGGCUGCUGAAAUCUGAAGCUCUGGUAAAGUUCCUAGUAUCAGAGAUCAAUCCUGGAGGAGGCCUAGUUCACUAUUAGAUUACAAAGACGCCUCACAAAAUAAAGGAAAAUCACCUUCAAAACCACAAACCUUUAUGUUGUCAAGUCUGAGUGUUUUUACGAAGUAUUUCUUUCUACCCAUUGUUCAAGAAUGUAAAUGUAAAAAAAAAUACAAGAGAGUUUGGUAGAUACGCAUGCUUGAGGAAACUUGCUUUUACUGUUUUCCUACUUGUAUCCCCAGUUCAGUUGAAUUUACAAGGACCUACAAGAUGGUCGUGUUUGUCUUGGUAUGUGCUACCCCAAUUUUAGUGUUUCUUUCUUUAUUUUAAAUCAGUAAUUAUUCAGUUGAUUGUUUAUACUAUAUAAUGAAGUAACAAAAACAUUUUGGUUUGUAUGUUUUAAGUAACAGUUGUGCAAAUUCCUCUUGUUUGUUAGGUGCUCCCUUUGAAUAUUUUGUGAACUGUGUCAGAGGGAGAGGGGUGGUGGCCAGGAAGAGGGUCAGAAAGAAGCUAGAGGGAGGUCAGGAGAAGGGUAACAGGGAGGAUGCAAAGCAGACAUCUACCCUGGUCACCCCAGGAUCAGGAUAUCUGUCCUUGUUUCAUGUUGAAUUCAAAAAUUGGAUGUCACUUAGGCUUUGAAGGUGACAGCCAUCUCUGAUAGCUGAGCAUAAGUAAAGAAAGGUGGAGUGCCAAUGCAGAAAGGAAAAUAUUCAGCUUUCCUCUCUUAGAUCGCACUUUGAAGAUGGCCUUUUGGAGACAAUCUGACGGGUUAAAACAGGAACUGUUGGAAUUAUUCUAGCUGUAACUACCUAUUGGCUAUGUGUUGAUUGAUCCUAGAAAGAAAAAAUAAUUUUUCAUUUUAGAUCUUGAUUGAAUUUAAGAUGUAUUUAUAUGCCUACAAAAGGUCUGUCUUGUAACUGUUGUAUAAAAUAAACCUAAUCUAUGGUUUCAUUUUUAAUCUAAAAAAAGUUGUGCCUUAACAAUAGGGCAUUGUAUGUUAAUAAGGGAAAACAACCUUUUUAGUAGAUGGGGAAAAUAGGAACUUUUUGCCAUUAAAACUUAAGUUCUUUUGAUGUUUUUAAUAUUAUAGUUGGGGGAGAUUCAUUAAAAUUAAAUUGAAAUAAAAUUAUUUUUGCAUAACCUAGCAUUUACAACUACAGUAUGUUUUUUAUAAGAACUGGCAUCUUGAUGUAUAUAGGUCUGAAAUAAUAUUUCAUCUUUUGAUUUUUAAUUUUAAUAAUAUUAGACCAGGACAGAUCAUAUUUUUACAAAUCUUAGUUUUAAAUAAAUUAUUUCAGUGUGCUGUUAGUCCUCUACAGUCAUUUUGGUUUAAAAAGUGACUAUUUAUUUAUGGUAGCAUAUCAAUAAUUUAUUAAUGUUAAAAAAUACUGUGUAUGACAUUACAAACCAGAACAGUUCCUGGGGGAGAGGAUUCUAAUUGAUUGGCAGUUCUGAGAGGGCAAGAAGAAUGGAACUUUGUACUUCAAAAGGAGGUUUUGUUUUUACCGGGUACUGCUUAUGUAAAUCGUUUAUUUUUAUUUCAUCAAAGCCUGGCAGGUAUAUGCAUUCCAAUUUACCAUUGGCAAAGCUUUAUUUAUUUUUAAGGUUGGAUGUUGAAUUAAUUUUGUGGGAAAAUGAGAUUUGUAAGUAGUUUUCCUUCUAGGUAAGAUAACAUAAACCAAACUUUCAGAAGUUAAGGAUGAUGAAUAAUAUUGAAAUGACUUGUUAUAUAUUGUAAGGGUUCCCUUAAGUAUCAUAAUUAACAAUUUGUGGAAAUUGAAAAAGCAUAAACUGUGUUAUUUGAUUAGUAAUAUGUUCCCUUAAAAUUCAUUUUGAGGUGUAUGUUAUACACAUAGUAAAUUUUUGUUCGGGAAUGACUUGCUCAUUCUGUGUUUUUAAAAAUAGGAAAUAAGGCAUAGUGAGUCAUCAUUACAUCAAUUAACCAAAAAAUAUUUCAUCCCCUCCGUCACUGAAAUUAUCUACUUUAGCCACCUUUCUUAUUCUUGUGUUAGGAGGGCACGUUUAUGGACUUUUUAAUUUCCGUGUGCCAUAUUGUCCACUACCGGCAGUAGCCAAAGCUAGCUGUUUCAGUCCCACAGAAGAGACAGUGCUCUGCCAUGAUGACAGGGCACUGCUAGGGCUGGUUUUUCUUGUUUUUCCCUUUUGGCAGUGUGGACUUCAGAAACUAGAUGUAUAUGCACAAGGGAUUGAGUUUACACUAAAACUAGGAAAUGGAGUUUUCAAUCUAUGUUCUUGCCUCUUCAUACUUUUAUUUAUUUUUUGUCAUCCUGCCUUAUACUGGGCUAACAAUGAGAUAAAAUAAAAAUACCUUUGAAUACUCUUUCCCUUUCAUGUAUUUAAAGCCAUGGAGGAACUAGACCAUUAGCUGUUGCCGUCACAUGCUUAGACACCAGUUUACUUAGUGUGUAAUGACCUUCCUCACCCAUACUACCAAAUUUAAAUGGGUCCCGACUUCACCCUCUGGAAGGAAGUAAACUCUUCUCUCCCCAUGGUUUUAGAGCAGUUUUUACCUGCAAGCACCAUCUCUGUAUGUGCUCUUACUAGAUUAUACAGUUCUUGAGAGGGAUUGCAUCUUGGUGUUUUUGUAUAUCCACCUCAACCCCAGCACCUAGCCCAGUCUCUUGCACAAAUUAAGUACUUAAUGUGUGUUGAGCUAAAUUGAAUAAAGGAUUAUUAGCAUUAGCAUGUUUUGUGCCUUGGUUGUAUAAGCUGGUUGUUUGUUUUGUUACCUUUGCAAAUAUUUAUGAUUAUCACCCCCCCACAUACUAAAUUGUUUUUAAAAGUUUUGCCUUUCCUUCAGAUACUACCCCAGGCAAUUUGCUGUAGAUAAUGUGAUUGCUUCCAAUGACAUAAUUAUCCCAAACUCUCUGCCCCGGAUAUACUUUGCCAAACGAAAUUUGAAUUCUGUGAAUAAAUUGGUCAUGUCUAAAA